CCAUUCGCGGCGAGAUGGAGAAGCGGCAAAGGGAGCUGGAGGCGCUGGUCUCCACGCAGAAGGAGCAGCUUGGGCGCUACGAGAAGCGGCUGAAGGACGUGGUCACCGCCUACAAGGGACUGCUGAAGGAGAAGGAGGCGCUGGAGACGAGUCUGGCGGCGCAUGCGGAGGCCACGGCGGUGGGUGAUGCGGGAUCGCCGGCCAGGGAGGUGGAGUCCCAGAACACCAGCACAGAUUCCGCGGACGGAGCGGCAGAGGGAGGUGCUGCUCCUCCUCCUCCUCCCGCCGAUGGACAACUGCAGACCCAGAUUAUCACCCUGAUGAACUCGCUGGCCACUCUGUCGGCCGAGAAAUCCCGCAUGGAGGCCUCCUUCCAGGCGGACAAGAAGCAACUGCGCAGCCAAAUCGCCCAGAAGGAGCAGUCCAUCCAGGAGCUGCACCUGCGGGCCAAGGAGCAGACUGUGCGGGCCAAAAGCGACGUGGACGAAGUCAAGGCCAAGUGGAUUGUGGAGCGGCAGGAGCGUGAGAAGGAGACCAACAACCAGAUGCUCAUGAUCCGCGAGCUGCAGAAGCUCUAUGCCGACGAACGCCAUCUGAAGGACAACAUCGAGAUGCAGCUGAACAAUUUCAAGACUCAGUUCGCCAGCAACGAAGCGGAGAACAGCCGACUGCGCGAACUGCAGUCGCAACUGAAGGAGGCGCGCUCCCAGCUGAAGCAAUUCCAGACCAAGGCGGAGCAGUCGGCGGCCGCAGCCGCCAGUGCGGAUAGUGCGGCUCUGCUGCAGCAGGUGCGCCUGGAAAUGCAGCAGCUGAAGGAGCAGCAUGCGGUGGCCAUUCGGCAGGAACAAAGACGCGUGCUGCGGGCCGAGGAGCAGAGUCGCAGGCAGGCGGCUCUCCACGAGGAUCGCGUGGCCAGCCUGGAGGCCCGACUGGCGGAGCUCAGCACCACAGUGGGCAGAUACGAUCGCCUGCGUCAGCAGGAUCAGGAGAGCAUCCACGACCUCAAGCAGCAGUUGCAGGUCCACGUCCGUCCCACAGCCAAUUCAACGGCUCUUGGUGAAGAUGUGGACGUGGCCACGCUGGUGGACGAGAUGGUGCGCCUCAAGAAGCUGCUUACCACUGCCAAUGCCCGAUCCGCCAAUCCCAUGGACCUCGCCGAGAUCCUUUCUCUGAGCGGCCAAACGACAACGCGGGCCGAAAGUCACGCCCAUUGCGAGCAACAGCUGCAGGGAGUUCAGCAAAUGCUAGAGGCGGCCAAACAGCAGCGACAACUGCUCGAACAGAAGGUGCAGCUGCAGCACUCGCACAUCCAGACGCUGCAGGAGAAGGUGCAGGUGCUGAAUCGCAACAUCGACGAGGCAGAAAUCGAUCUGAAGCAGCAGGGCGAGAAGCUGCGCUUGGCCCUGAAGAGCGAGCGCAGCAAGUGGCAGGAGGCCAAGGCGGAGCUGGAGAACGAGACGCGCUGCAAGCUCAACGAACUGGAGCAGCUGCUGCAGAAGCAGCGCCAGAGAUCCCUGCAGCUGCUCGACGAGAAGGAGCAGGAGAUCAAGACGCUGCAGACCUCCUUCGAGGUCUUUCACUCGGCCAGCGGUGUGGGCCACAGCACACUGGCCACGCCCACGCUGGAAGCCGCCGCGGAAUCCUUUAACUAUUCCUCCGACGCCGACAGCGUGGCCGAGGCCGAGGGCAGCGAGCGGCGGGAACGCAAGCUUAAGGUGCGCUCCAAGAAGAUGUCGCUGGGGGAAAACUGCCACAUGCUGCACUACGCCAAUGAGUUGGCGCGCAAGGACAUCGAGAUCACCAAUCUGCGCAAGGCCAAGUACGCCGCCGAGUCGACGCUUAGAAAAGCUAUCCAAGAUAAGGUUACAUCGCAGCAGGAAAUGCACGAGAAGAUCGAGUGCCUGGAAGAGCAGGUGGACAGACUCGAACGCUGCAAGACGCGCGAGGGCGCCAAUCUGGAGUACCUGAAGAACGUGAUCAUCAGCUACAUUGUUACCCGGGACGCGGACGGCAAGCGUCACAUGCUGAACGCCAUCUCGGCGGUGCUCCAGUUCACCGCCGCCGAGAUGCAGGCGAUCAAUGCCUCAUUCCAGAAGAAAUAACAUUCGUAUUUUGUUUAUAACAAUCAUGUGCAACAUAUUUAAGUCCUUAAAUUGGUCACUAACUAAAUCCAA